AUAAUUGCUCUCCUGUCCAACCGAUCCAAAACCCAAAACCCACUCCUCUCUCUCUCUCUCCCUUUGCAUUUUCUUCCCCAAUUCUUGCAUUUUCACCCCCAAAUUUUUGAAAAAUGUGCCCACUGCGUCUGAUUUUGAUCUUCCUAUCAGCUACAUUUGCGGGAUUUCUACUCUUAAAAGGCCUCAAAUCCAAACCCGAACUCGAGAAACCCGACGAUUCAUCAUCAACAUCGUCUUCCAAUCCUCUCGAUGAUGACGAACCAGCCCGUCCGGCCUCAAAGGUGCUUACUGCAAUCAGUUCGGCAUUCUGGACUUGCAUCGACAUGGCGAGUGGACGCUACUUGUGGAGGAAUCUGACAUCGUCUUCAUCCACAUCAAAGCAACAAUGAUGAUGUGACCAAACAUGUUGAGGUUUUUCUAUGUUGUUUUGUCAUGUUUUCGGUCAUUUUUAUCUGUAUGCUCAUAUUGUAAUUUGUAACUCACGGUUUUACGAAUAAUUGUAAGAAAGGGAAAUGCAAGUGUUACUUCCAUUUUAAUA